CGUAGCUGCCGAGCUGGUAAGAUGGUUGGAAGAGAUCGGACACCCACAGCCAUUCCUUCUGCGCAUUGCAAGCAAGGCGGUCGGAGUUAUGCAGGGCUCGAAUUGGCAACUUUAACGUGCGUGUGACUUUUCGUGUGCCACAGAAAAUUAAACCAGUUUUCAAUUGCAGUUCUGCGAGACAUCAGUUGUGAAAAUAUUACAGUAGCAAUUAAAACAUAUUUUUAGAAAAUAGUGACAUACGUGUAUGUGUGUAAAAAUUUACACGAGCUAAGGUGUUGAGAUUAAUUCUGGCGUAGCCUGUAUUUAAUUCAGUACUGAAUUACAACACGGUACUUACAGGUACCAAUUACAAGCUGUCAGGAUCUUAAAACUGUACUGUUCAUUAACCUUGAAAAGAACGGAAAUUAAGUGUUAAUACCGAACAAUAGUGUCAUUUUAAUUAUAUUUUUGUGUUUUAAAAUCAGUGAAAGUGUAUUGAACGUACACUUAUUGGCCAGAAAGUUCACGGAUGAUAAAAUACUUUAUAAUAUUCGUGUGGAUACCAAUAAAUUAUGGAUACUUAAUAAAACACAGACUUCGUUAAAACACAAUUGCUAAAAACAGAAACAAUGAAAGAACGUACAGCGUGUAUGAUGGACGAACAUGACUGCUCCUCAGAGCUGGAAGACGCCUUCAUGCAAUGUGGGGACCUCCUGGACAUCGUCGCACUAACUGAGGGUAUACAAGAUGGCCGCCUUGAUAUAUACGAUAUGGCUGAGCGAUUAACAAAUCUGUUGGGCCGUGGCGAACCUCUUGUCAGCAUGGCAACAAGUGAAGACGAGGAAGACGACGUCGUAGUUAAUGAUGACGAGAUAAAUGGGCUGUGUGGAAGCAACAUAGACGAGGAAGAAUGGAUAUCAGGGGGUGACAACAAUGGAGACAGAGAUCACCACCUUCUGCUGGCAGGCUACUCCGAUUGCAUGACAGAAGCAUUGCGUUACCUCGUGGAAGAAGAGAGGUACUCGCCCGAACACCCUGUAGUUGAAGGACUACGCACACAUCUUGCGCAGCAACAAGAUCGAGUGUUGUUAGAAGCUGCGCGCGCACAUCACCAUCAUCAUAAUCAUCGUCACGUGGUACAUUUGGACAAUUUGCGACCCGCGGCCAAUAGUAAUAAUAAUAACAACAACAACAAUGGGGUUGUGGAAGUGCGCAAUCGCAUGACGCUCCUAGCGGACACACUUUGCAACUUCAGGCCACCGGCUGUAUGAAGAACGGACUCCUGUGUUUCGAGUAAGAGCCUUAGGAGAGUGGCAGUUCAGUCGAGUUUGCAGAUCUCGCCAAUUUUUUGUUGAAAUUAAUGUGAAUAUAAUAGCAGCUUGAUGAUACUGAUACUGAGGCAGGGAUCUGCAUUAUCGACUUUCCUUGGUCAAUCCAUUAAGGCUGUAGUUGAUCGCAAGCCUUCAGGUGCUGGAGAAGAUAAAUUCAGAUGGAUGGUGACUUACUUUUGUGCAGGCAAGAACAAACUGAAAGCUUCUGAUUAACAGAGAUGUGUCCUUUAACGAGGAAUAAUGUUUGGACGAAUAAGAUGUAGGCACUAAAAAUGACUCAUUGCAGAAUGUAUCCAUUUUGUAGAAGCAUUUAUAAUGAUGCAUGCCUACUUCUAUUUAGCAAAGUUGGAGAAUUUGUUUUUUGUUCAAGGUGUUGUGUUUUGGAAGUCUAAACUUAGUUAUAAUUUUAAUCUCCAUACUGACUGUAAUGAAUUUUUAACAUUUUGGUGUUUUGCAUGAGUGCAGAACUUGGUUUGGUCUGAAGACCGGUAUCUUCUGGGAUAGAGCACCACGUAGUUUGACAGACACUGAUGGACGUUUCAGAAGAGCUCAAUGCGAUUACUAUAAGCCACACUUCGGUCAAUGUCUGCCGGAAUGCACGGUGCUACAUCCGAGGAGUCGGUCGUCUUCUUACCCUCACCGCGAGCCUCACUAUGGUCGGGCCUGCUCACGCAAAUGAAAGAACAAAGAUUGAAGAUGUAUGAGAAGAAGAUUUCGAUCUAUAAAAGAGUAAUACGAGAAUAAAGAAAAUUACAUAAUGAAGACCUCAAUAAUUUACACGCUUCACAUAAUUUUGUGACAGUAAUAUCUAAAUCAAAGAAGAUAAAAUUGGCAUUUUCAAAUUUUGGUAAAUGAAUAACGUUAUUUGGGAAACCUUAAGGUGUAAAACGUACAAAAAUUAGUAGCUCAAGGUAGGAUUAAACUGCUGCAUUUUGUGAACAGGGUAAUAAAAUUCACUACAAGCGUGGACUAUCUUUGAUUAGCCUAAUUAUAACUUUCUCAUCAAGGGUCA